AGCGGCAGGCUGGCACGGACCGGAGCGGAUCCGGGAUGAUGUGGACGCACGAGUCCGGACCAUGACAGAAAGUGGACUCCGAGCCGACGAGACCGCGCGCAGCCAACAUGAAGACACCUCUGCGCCAUGGGGUGGCUGUGCUCCUCGUGCUUCUUCUGUGUGCCAGCUUGUUCCUCGUGUACAACGGCAACUUCAGCAGCGCUUCCAGGGACACCAACGACACGCUCAUCCAGCAGCGGCCCCCUGAAGCCCCUGCUACUGUGGCCAGGCCUCACCUGCCGGCCCUCCAGGGCUACAGCGGCAUCAUCGACCACAAGCCUCUGAUGAUGCACUGCCGCACCUGCUCCCUGGUUACCAGCUCAGGUCACCUCAUCGGAGGCGGCCGGGGCGACGAGAUCGACCGGGCCGAGUGCGUCAUCCGCAUGAACGACGCGCCCACCGCCGGGGGUUACGCCAGGGACGUCGGCCGUCGCACGUCCCUGAGAGUCAUCGCUCACUCCAGCAUGCAGCGCGUCCUGCGCAGUCGCCACGAGCUGCUCAACGCCAGCCAGGACGCCGUGUUCAUCUUCUGGGGCCCCAGCAACUACAUGAGGCGCGACGGGAAGGGCCUGGUGUACAACAACCUGCGGCUGAUGAACCAGGUGCUGCCCAAGCUCAAAGUGUACAUCAUCUCCUGGCAGAAGAUGCUGCAGUUCGAUGAUCUGUUCGAGAAGGAGACGGGCAAGGACAGGAAAAUCUCAAACUCCUGGCUGAGCACAGGCUGGUUCACGAUGACCAUCGCCCUGGAGCUGUGCGACCGGAUCAACGUGUACGGCAUGGUGGCCCCCGACUUCUGCAGGGAGCCCCAGCACCAGUCCAUCCCCUACCACUACUACGAGCCACGUGGUCCUGACGAGUGCGCCAUGUACAUCUCCCACGAGCGCGGAAAGCGCGGGAGCCACCACCGCUUCAUCACGGAGAAGCGGGUAUUCGCCAACUGGGCGCGGACGUUUGAUAUCCACUUCUAUCAGCCGGACUGGAGCCCGCCGCCUCUCCCAGCCAACCGGACGCUGGAAGGGACCACCCCCGCAGCUCCCAGGAAUACGUGACUCGCGCUGAAAAAUGACAAAAACACUUUAAAGAUGAGCCUCAGAAGGACGAAGGACGGGGAGCACUGGCCUCGAGGAGCUACCAGACCUCAAAGAGAGCCUUGAUCCUGCAGCUCCGACCAGCGUUUUGUUAACGAAGGGUGGUGAACCGGCGCAGAGCUGUUUGAAAACCUUGUUGAGUGAGGUUCGUACACGAAGGCAGGAUCAUCAAACACUUUCUCGAGGCAUGCAUGCAGUGUGUUACUGUGGACCCUGCUGGUGUUUGUGCAUAUGUGAAUGUGUUCACCAGAAGGAUCAGAGAGGAUACAAACUAGAGCUCAGUUUUUCCAACAAGUCUGUGUUGGAUUAAAAAAUAAAAUCCACACAGAAUUCACCAAUAAUGCAGAAAUAUACCAUUAAAAGAACCUGAAAUCAGCUCUGGAGACAACGUAGGCAGAAUGUGUUAGAUUUGACUGAAGGUGUGAAUCAUUAAGUCAAAUGUCACAAUUUUUAAACUAUCAAGAGAUUCUGUAAACGCUUAUCUCGUGUAACAAAAGGCCCAGUCCAUUUCAAAGCAGUUAAAUAAAUUA